UACCCGGAAACUGAAAACACACAAUAGGAUCGUAAAAAGAUAAAGGCAAUUUUAUUUUUGUUUCCAUUCAUGUUGUUUUCUCCCAUUUCUGCGUCUGUUGCAGAAAUGGGUUUUCUCUUAUUGAAGAAUACAACUUGACAGGUUUCGUAGAGAGAGAGAGAGAGAGAGGUAAAAGCUUUGAUCUGGGUAUUGGACGAAGGAGAUAUGGAAGGGAGUGAAAAAAUGUUAGUAGAUUUUGAGAGUUUUCUAGGUGGAGAAUGAGAAAGGAUUGUGGCAUUUCCAAGGCUUGGGAAACAACAGUAAGGAAAUCACAAGAAGGAGUGAAGAAAUUUACAAACAGUUUAUUCCCCAUAAUGUCUGUAGCCCAUGUUGAUGAUGAUGAGCCUUGUGCCAGCGAAGUCUACCCUGACCAUGUGGAGAAAGUCCUUCCCAGCGGUGACUUCUACUCCGGCCAAUGGUAUGAUAACCAUCCCCAGGGCCAAGGAAAGUACCUUUGGACUGAUGGGUGCAUGUAUGUUGGCGAAUGGCACAAAGGUAAGAUUAUGGGGAAGGGUAUAUUUAGCUGGCCCUCUGGUGCCACUUAUGAGGGUGAAUUCAAGACAGGGUACAUGGAUGGUAAAGGGACUUAUACGGGUUCUGCAGGGGAUACAUAUAAAGGUUCUUGGGUUAUGAACUUGAAACAUGGACAGGGGACUAAGAGCUACUGCAAUGGGGAUUACUAUGAGGGGGAAUGGCGCAGGGGAUUGCAAGAUGGACAUGGAAGGUACCAAUGGAAAAAUGGGAAUCAUUACAUUGGCCAAUGGAGGAAUGGAGCUAUCCAUGGGAAUGGGACUAUGAUUUGGAGCAAUGGGAAUAGGUAUGAUGGGUUUUGGGAAGAUGGUAUUCCAAAAGGGAAUGGAACUUUCAGAUGGGCAGAUGGGAGUUUCUAUGUAGGUGUUUGGAGCAAAGAUCCAAAGGAGAUGAAUGGGACUUAUUACCCAUGUGCUUCUCCCACCGGAAAUUUGGAUUGGGAUCCUCAGCAGGUGUUCUCGGCGGAGUUGAAGGACUGCAAGAUUUACCCAGGUGAAAAAGUUUCCAUCUUUCCAUCUCAAAAGAUGCCAAAUUGGCCUGCAAUGGAACAUGGGAUUGCUACGAAAGACAAUGGGAGAGGUAGGAGGAUGUCAACUGAUACUGGCCGGAUAAGUAACUACAGCUGGGUGUCUGAUGCCAUCGAUGUUUCUUCAAUCGGUGAAGGUGAUUUGAGGGAUGGAGACGAAAGCUUAGGAAAUUUACAGGUAGAAGAAAACGAGAGAGGGUGUUGGCCACGGUUUAAAGCACCCAAGAGGCAGGGGGAGACCAUAUCAAAAGGGCACAAGAAUUAUGAACUCAUGCUCAAUUUACAAUUGGGUAUCAGACAUUCUGUUGGAAGGCCAGGUCCGGCUAUAUCCCUUGAUCUAAAGCCUUCUGCUUUUGAUCCUAAAGAAAAAGUAUGGACCAAAUUCCCUCCUGAAGGAUCCAAAAACACUCCUCCCCAUCAAUCUUGUGAUUUUAAAUGGAAGGAUUACUGUCCACUUGUUUUCAGGACCCUUAGGAAAUUGUUCAAUGUAGAUGCAGCUGAUUACAUGAUUUCGAUAUGUGGGAAUGAUGCUCUUCGUGAACUAUCAUCCCCUGGAAAAAGUGGCAGCUUUUUUUACUUGACAAAUGAUGAUCGAUACAUGAUCAAGACAGUGAAGAAGGCAGAAGUUAAGGUCCUCAUAAGAAUGCUCCCUGCUUAUUAUAAUCAUGUCAAGUCCUUUGAGAACACCCUUGUUACCAAAUUUUAUGGUCUUCAUUGUGUAAAAUUAACAGGGCCGGCACAGAAGAAGGUUCGUUUUGUUAUAAUGGGGAAUCUCUUCUGCACUGAUUAUGCCAUUCACAGUCGUUUUGAUUUGAAAGGUUCCUCUCAUGGCCGCACAACGGCUAAACCCGAGUCUGAAAUUGAUCCAACCACAACCCUCAAAGACCUUGAUUUGAAUUACAUUUUUCGUUUAUCCAAAAUUUGGUUCCCAGAGUUUUGCAGGCAAGUCGACAAGGAUUGUGACUUUCUUGAGCAGGAGAGAAUCAUGGACUAUAGCCUACUAGUCGGUCUCCACUUCCGGGAAGUUCCAUACCGGAAUUCUACACCUCGAACUUCUGGAGUCCGGACACCUACUGGAAUUGGAGAUCCUGAAAAUGGAGGAGCCCCUCGGCUUUCUAGAGUUGAAAUGGAUCAUCUUCUUCUUGACCCCUCCAGGUUUGCUUCCGUUAGAUUAGGUAUAAGCAUGCCUGCCAGAAUUGAAAAAACAGUGAGAAAAAGUGAUUGUGAAACUCAGCUCGUUGGAGAACGCACCGGGGAAUUAUACGACGUCAUCCUCUUCUUUGGUAUAAUAGACAUACUACAAGAUUAUGAUAUUAGCAAGAAGCUUGAGCAUGCCUACAAAUCAAUGCAAUAUGAUCCAACCUCUAUCUCUGCUGUUGAUCCAAAGCAAUACUCCAAACGCUUUCGGGAUUUCAUCUUCAGAGUUUUUGUAGAAGACACUUGAAAAGUCCAUAAUUCCAUUGGUGUACGGUAUGACACAACCGGAGAGGAGAAGGCUUAAGGAAAGAGGGUCACUGUUUUUUUUUGGCAGCCAGUGGACGUGGUUUCUAAUUCAGGAUAGCUUUCUCAUCCCAUUCUUCACCUCUAUCAAUUUUCAAUUGCAAGGACAUUAUUUUUUGGUUCCAGUAAAGGUAUAGGCCAGCUUAAGUGCAAAUGCAUUAACAAAAAAAUAUUUUUUAAAAAAUGGUGGAACUUGACUCGAAUUAAUUCCUUUUUCUGCCCAAAAAGGUGAGAGGUAUGUAGGUUUAGCAUUGGAAUCAUGAUGUACAGAUUCUACAGAAAGAGAUGAAGAUGAAAGUAACUUUUAGUUGUUUAUCUUCAAUGUAACUCUUUGUAGAUUUUUUUUUUUUUUUUUUUUGCCCUUCAAAAUAUGAUUCUAUUCUUUAUAGAUUAAAGGUUAAUCAUUUUC